AUACGGGAAAUGAUUUUGAAUUCAGAAUCCGCGUAUAAAAUAAAAUACCGAAACGAAAAACGGUUAUUAACUUCUGCUUUUCUUCUAUACAGAUUUAAAACAGAUAUGUUUAGAUUUAUUAUUUUUACUUUUCUUCUCUUAAAGUCUUCGUUUGGCUGCGACCCAAACCCCUGCGUCUAUGGGCGAUGCACUACAGACACGGACGACGGAAGUUCAACUAAAUGCAUUUGUGAUGAUAACUGGACCGGAAUCCACUGUAACUUACCGCAACCAGAAGUAUUAUGCAGAAAUAAAACCAUCGACAUUUUCAUCGAUGAGCGUAUUGUUACGGAACAAGGACUUUCGAGUUCACCUGACUUCAUCCAUUUUUUGAAUGCGCCCGAAUGUAAAGCUGUGAGCACAUCUGGAGGAUACUAUCUCAAGAUUAAUGCACCUUUCAAGGAAUGUGGUGUGGAGAUCACGCAUACAGGCGAUGACUAUGUCUUCCAGCAACAAGUGGUUUGGAAUCAGCUUGGCGAAACUAUUGAGCGACCUCUAGUGUUGCUCGAUUUUAAAUGUACAUACCAGGACAAAUAUAUUGUUUCGUUUGGAGAAAUAACACCUUAUGUAACCACUGUGGAUUUCGAGACAAGUUAUGGGACCUUCAGAGUGGAUAUGAACUUAUAUAAAUCUUCUAGUUUCGCCGAAGAAGAUAGAUAUGGCGCUAGGCCAGUGGUAGCAAUUGAAGACCAAGUUUGUGUGUCUACAGAACUACAGAACGUGAUGCCGCAAGACCUAGUUUUGACAAAUAAAGAAUGUUGGGCUUCAACCAAACGUGAUGGAUCGGGAGAUGCACAUUACUUGGUCUCUGAAAAAUGUAAAGACGAUCCAACUACCGACAUUCUCAGCAACGGGGAGGGGGAUUUUGCUCGAUUUUGUUUUCAAAUGUUCAAGUGGAAAGACUCGAUGGAGGAAAUUUACAUGCACUGUAUCGUGAAUGUUUGUAAUGCAACUGCUUACCCUGAUUACUGCACAUGUGAGAACGGAGUCACUGGAAGAUUUGCCAGAUCUCUUUCUAUGGACGAAGACGGAACGCGAAUCACAUUUGGACCGGUUUAUGUCAAGGAAGCGGGAUGGGACGAUAAUGAAUUGGAAAACAACGUCAUCAGUUUUGGAAACGAAAAAAUUUACGUAAACCCGGAAGACAGGAAACGUGACAAUGAACGUACAGACUCGAAGACAACAAUAUUAAUAGCAGUUGGAGUUGUUUUAGUAAUCGCUCUCAUUCUUCUCGGAGUUGUUGUUGCAGUUUAUAUAAAUUGUCGUCGAAGAUCACGUGACACAAAAACACAUUUACGCAGUGAAGGGGAACCUGUUGUCAUACCAAACCCAGUCAUCCAUAACGAAAUGAUGAACUAGUGUUAAAAUAUAAUAUUAUAAAAAAGAAUUCUACGAAAGAAAAAUGGAAGAAAUACAAUUUUGAUCACAUUUAUUUGAUUAGGUACCAGUGUUUAUUUUAUUCUAUUAUAGUAUUCUUUUGUGUUUUCUAUAUAUGCGGAGGUAUUCUGAUGAAAUAAAUAUUUCAAAAUUUA